GGUGGACCUACGGAUAGUUUGUGCCUUAAUUUCAAGGCGUCGGUAACGGAGCGAAGUGCCAGACGAACUGCUUCGGGGCCUCUGACUUCACCUAACCCCGUGAAUCCGACGACCGGAACACAACACAAUCCCCAGAGCUUUCCUCGCUCGCGAUACCCCCCAUCCGUAACGACGAGCGCAAUGGCCGAACCAACGAGCGCAAGGCCAACUUUCCGGCAGAGGGGAGCUUGGUACUUCAAACAACCCGGCCUCGUUUACAAGGCUUUUGGCACAGGCCUCGGGGCAAGCAUGUGGUUUUUCCUAUUCUACCGGGCGAAGAAAGACGGCGCCGUCCUCCUCGGCUGGAAGCACCCGUGGGACCACUAAGCAAAAAAAACGAGACUGGGGAUGGCUAGGCGGGAGGCAUUGUAUUGUACAUAUCACGCAGCACCUUAUACGGGCGUCAAGCGUCGAACCUUGGGGUGU